CCUGUCUCCAUACACAUUGUCGUUAAUAGAUAUUCUGUCAACCAGCUGGAUGACUCCUUAUGAUUGGUAUCAGCUGGCAAAAACCUGCUUACCAGGGGGUAGUUUCUUGUUAUGGAAAAUGGAAAAGACCUGACCCAUUAAUCUCUUGUGGAAGAGGCUAUGCUUGUGUUUUCCUACAGGACAAAACUUCCCCUUCGUGGAUACCCGACAGACUCAUCAGACAUGCAAGACCCAAAAACCACCAAAAAUCCUCCAACACUUUCUCCCUCACUGCUUACAAACCUAACACCUCCCAUGACUCUUCUGAGAAAUCUGUCUUUUGAAAAUGCUCCAUCUACACCCCCACCUUCUCCUGUCUCUAGUUCUCCCUCCUCUUCAUCUUCUACUCCACCCCCUCUCGCUGACUUUAUACAACCCUCUACAAACCUCAACAACUCUUCAUCUCGAGACAAAGUGUGGUGGAGAAGCCGGAGACAUACUCCCUAUUCAAGAACCCAUCGAACCAUUGCGGCUGAGCCCCCAACUUGGGGCCAACUCAAAAAACUUACUCAUCUGGCUCACACCUUAACCGUGGAUCAACAUAUUCCCGUAAAUGCGGGUACUCUUUUUGUGGCAAUGCUCGCUAUCAUUUCCUGUCAGGUAUGUGUUGUUACGGCUGAUAUACAUUGGGCUUAUGUCCCAAAACCUCCUAUAUUUCAUCCCGUCACCUGGGAAGAUCCUUCCCCCUCUGUAUUUACUAAUAAUUCUGCAUUACUGGGGGGCGAAACCAUAUUUUGGAACCCUCAGGGCUUUAAUUCUAAUUAUUCCUAUUCUGGUAUGUCAGAUAAUCCUCCUAUUUGUAUUCAAUUAAGAAAUUUGCAAAAAACUAUCCCUGGCUGUAUUCCUUUUGGCUUUAAAUCAAUGAUUACUGACUCACCUAAUGGAAAUCAAAACCAACGGCCUUACAGAUUAUUAUGGGCUCUACGCCUCAUCCUUCCAGAAAAAACUGAUUUUCUUAAAGGUAUCCCAAAAGUACACACUCCUCUUUUUCCUACCUGUGAUAAGUCGCCUCCUGAGGAUUCUAAGAGCAAUCAAGAUUGGGCUAUGAUUGACCCUUCAAAAGGAUUUCCUAUUUGGAGAAAUUGUAUGUAUAAUUCACAAGUUGUAUAUGCUUUGCCUGAAAUGUCUGCACGUCUUAUUGAUUGUAGUAUUUUAAAUCCUGAAGAUGAUUAUCGUCUAUUUUUACAAUCAGCUCGAUAUCGUUUUAAUUGGCAAGAUACCUUAGUCCCUCUCCCACAAAAAGUUAAUCGUUGGCAUAUAAAUGGAUGGGUUCCCCCUAUUCUUUCUACCUUCACGGGUAACAUACAUCCAUCUUUGUGGAGACUGGCAACUGCUGCCGGCAAUGUCACUUUGUCCCGUCCUUUUAAUAAUGAGAGUUUUGAUAUUCAAGCUUGUGUACCUGCUCCAUAUGUGUUAUUAAUUAGCCGCAACAAUCACUUUAGUAUUGUUAUAGAAAACAAGAAAACACAUUAUGUUAGUUCUUGUGAAAAUUGUAUACUGACCAGUUGCAUAAAUCCUGCAAUUCCUGUCGAAAGUAUGAUGAUUUUACAACAGCCAAAAUAUAUUAUGAUUCCUGUACAUUUACAAGAAGAUUGGUAUGAUGAUUCAGGCCUAGAAGCCUUAAAACAAGCUUCUGCUAUUUUAUCUCGAGCCAAACGGUUUGUAGCAGCUUUAAUACUGGGGAUUUCUGCUCUCAUAGCUUUAGCAACUUCUCUUUCACUUUCUGCUAUGGCGUUAACACAACAGAUUCAUACUGCAGACUAUGUAAAUAAUUUAAGUAAAAAUAUUACUUUAGCCUUAGCCACACAAGAAGCCAUUGAUAGAAAAUUACAACAAGAAGUUAAUGCCCUUGAAGAAGCAAUUCUAUAUAUAGGACAAGAAAUCACUAAUCUCAAAGUGCGACUUACUUUGAGAUGCCAUUCAUCUUCCGAAUCUUAAAUCAAGCUAUCCAAAAGGUGGCUUCAGAUCUUCAUCUAGCGAAAUUAAAAAAUAAAAAAGGGGGAGAUGCUGGGAGCCAGGCUGCAAGGGCAGCCUCUCUGCACCCACUGCCCCCAGCAUAAACAUUGAAGAAUUCCUGAAAAGUCAGGAAGAGCCAGGCUGCAAGGGCGGCCCCUCUGCACCCACUGCCCCCAGCAUAAACAUCGAAGAAUUCCUGAAAAGUCAGGAAUAUCUCUGUCAUCUGUGUUAUGUUUCUAUUUCAUUUUCAGCCUGUAUAUAGCAGAAUGUAUAAGCAUAAAAUUCCAUUAUAGAUUUAGGGACCUUUGGACGGGGGGCGUCCUACUCAUAAUCCCCUGGUGAAAUCUCGGGUAGGGACAGCCCGUGUGUUACUUGGGGAUCAACAUGAAGUUGUCUUAGGGGAAAAACAAAUAGCUCGACUAUGGAAAACAAGAAUAGGAUGGUGAAAUCCUGGUAUUUACCAAGGCCCUUUUUUGUGAUUAAACCACCACCCACACAUGACCCCAUAAAAGUGGAAAAACAAAAGGCAGUGAGUUCUCUCAGCCAAUCUCUCAGCCAAUUACAGGUCAACUUUCUCGUCCACCCCGCUCACUGCUGCGCUUGACUGGUCUUUGGGUAUAGAGAUUGGGCUAAUUGUCCUUGGCAUAAUCGUGGACAAUAUGACGUAACCCAAAGUGGCUGGGCUUCAGGAACUUGACCACCCUGGACAAGAUGGACAAAGCCUAUGUAACAAUGAUUUUGCAAAAAGAUUAAUUGUUAUAAAAAACUGUGGAAGGUAUUGCAAGAUUAAGCAUAAGUGUAAAGCAAUAUGAAGUCAAUUAUUAUUUUGUGUAAAAAUAUAUCAACAAAAUAUUCUCUUCAAUUAAACAAAAAACUCAUUGUACUUGUGUAUGUAUGCGGAACUGUACUAUGUGUCACUUGGAAAAUUAUGUCUCUGGGAAAUGAUGUUAUACUGCCCCUUUGUUGAUCAUGCGAUGUUAUGCUUUUGUAAGCUUAUGAUAUAAAAGACCAUGUAAAAAAUAAAGAGAGGCUUCUUCUUCUGCAAAA